AUGUCAUUUCCUAAACUAGAUGCGCGGCACAUCCAAAACUUCACCGCCGCCAAAACGCUCGAACACCACUGGGGUUAUGCAGAUCGCGCAAUCCCUUGCACGAACGAUCCCGGCUCAUGCGCUUAUCUGGACCUUGUCUACUCCUCCCAUGACCGAGGUAUGCUGUACAGCGGCAUCGUCUGGGCCACCAUUGUUGGAAUUCUUUUCAUAUGGGCUCUUUUGCGUCAGUUCAAUCGGCCACAGACCACGCCAAUGUCGAGCAGGCCUCGCCUGGCGGGAUUUCGCAAACUGCAUGUCACCCUCGCAGUUAGCGCUCGGAAAUACCUCCUCCCUGAUGGAGCUCGCUGGAUUUUCGGACGGACAAGUCGCCUCCAAAUCUCUGUCCUCGCGGCUCUGGCGGGCUAUCUGCUCGUCUUCACCUUUGUGGGUAUGACCUACCAAACAUGGGUCACGCCUGUGUCGGGGAAGAAAGACCUCUACAACACACGCUCGACGAUCGGCCCCUGGUCUGAUCGAAUUGGAACUCUGGCAUAUGCCCUGACCCCUUUGUCAGUGCUGUUGAGCAGCCGCGAGUCCUUUCUCUCGGUGAUUACCGGCCUGCCUUACCAAUCGUUCAAUUUCCUGCAUCGCUGGCUGGGCUACAUCAUCUUCGUACAGGGAUCACUUCAUACGAUUGGCUGGUGCGUCGUAGAACUCAAAAUGUACCAACCGCAGCCCACCGUGGGCAUUGCGUGGAUCACACAAACCUACAUGAUCUGGGGCAUUGUCGCCAUGGCCCUGCUACUCCUGCUCUUUGUCCUGAGCACCCCAUGGGGCAUCAGAAUGACGGGAUAUGAGACCUUCCGCAAGCUUCAUUACGUUCUCGCCAUGGUGUACAUUGGCGCUUGUUGGGGUCACUGGGAGCAAUUGAGGUGCUUUAUGAUCCCGUCCCUGAUAUUCUGGUUCCUUGACCGUGCAGCACGUCUGGUUCGUACAGCUAUUCUACACUAUCACCCGUACGAAGGCCAAGGCAUGUUGGGAUUCAAACCUCUAGAGGCUGAAAUUACCCGCUUCCCGGAUGAGGAAUACGGCGAUGUGCUUCGACUGGAUCUCGAAAACAAUCAGGAACCGUGGGUCAUUGGCCAGCACUACUUUUUGUGCUUCCCGCAGAGUAGCGUCUGGCAGUCACAUCCCUUCACACCUCUCAAUGCCCCCGAGGUUGUCAAAGGCAAGGUGAAACAUUCUUACAUCAUCAGAGCAAAGUCUGGAGAAACCAAGAAGCUUGCCGACCGUGCUGCCGCUGGUACCAUGUCCAUGCCUGUGAUUUUGGCCGGUGGUUACGGCGAGGCCAUUGACAAGGGGUUGGAUCCUAGCACAAACAUCAUCUGUAUCGCUGGCGGUACAGGAAUUACCUAUGUCUUACCACUUCUCCUAAGUCUGGCUCAACAAGCUCCCUCCCCUGAGCGAAGGAUUGACUUGGUGUGGGUGAUGAGACAUGCCAGCAACGUCGAGUGGAUCCGUCCUGAGUUGGACAUUCUUCGUGGAGCCCGAAAAACCAUGAAUCUGCGAAUUCGAAUGGUCGCAACCAGAGACACAAGCAGCGCGAACACGUCCCAAGAGAACGUCUUGCCAUUGAAGCAAGACGACGAGAAGCAAAUUGCCGCCUCCCAGGCAAGAUUCUCAGCUCUGGGCGAGUUGUGCGAUUGUGCCUUUGACGUUCCUCUCAAGCUCGGUGGCGGGUCCUCUGAUCUCAGUCGACGUCCUGACCUGGGAAAGUUGGUCUCGGACUUUUUGGACAACACCACCGCGGGUCCAACCAGGAUAUACACAAGUGGUCCCGGUGGAAUGCUGAGCGAGCUGCGAGAUAUCGUGGCAGCUUGUAAUUCCCCCUCGAAAGUGUGGAAGGGACAAGAGAGAUUUGACGUCGACCUGGUCUUCGAUGAUCGUCUCGAAUGGUAG